AUGGCCGUUGCUCCCAAAUUUGCCGGAAUCAAGCUCUCUGAGAGCAAGUCCGAAGAGGCGCAGCAUACUCUAGAACUAUAUCUCGAUUAUGUGUGCCCGUUCUCGGCAAAGAUGUUCAAUACAUUUUAUACGCUGGGUCCUAUGAUUACACAAAAGUACAGCUCUCGACUGCGAGUGAUAUUCCGCCAGCAUAUCCAGCCGUGGCACCCGUCUUCCACACUUACCCAUGAAGCCGGCGCGGCUGUCCUUCGCCUAGCGCCAGAGAAAUUCUGGGACUUUAGUGGCGCACUAUUCAAACGCCAGGCCGAAUUUUUCGACACAUACAAGCGACUCGCUCAGGUUGCAGGGUCUGUUGGCGUGGACGAAAGGAAGGUGCUGGAUCUUCUGACGAUCCCCGAAGCCUCGGGGGCGGAUGGACAAUUGAAUGCAGGAAACCAGGUCACCAAUGACAUUAAAUGGAUCGUGAAGACGGACCGAGUGGUAGGAGUUCAUGUGUCGCCAACUGUAUACUUCGAUGGAGCGGAAGAACGUGGGAUCAGCAGUAGUUUCAGUGCUGCACAGUGGGAGGAAUGGCUGGCAAAGAACGUGAUGUGA